CUGCCUCCAUUAAUGAUUCCCGUAUUCCCUCCAGACCAACGAACCCUAGCAGCAGCUGCACAGCAAGGAUUCCUUCUUCCUCCUGGUUUCAGCUACAAAGCGGGAUGCAGUGACCCUUACCCUGUUCAGCUGAUCCCAACUACCAUGGCAGCUGCUGCCGCAGCAACACCAGGCUUAGGCCCACUCCAACUGCAGCAGUUGUAUGCUGCCCAACUUGCUGCGAUGCAAGUCUCUCCGGGAGGCAAGAUACCUGGCAUACCCCAAGGUAACCUUGGUGCUGCUGUAUCCCCUACCAGCAUCCAUGCAGACAAGAGCACAAACAGCCCUCCGCCCAAAAGCAAGGAUGAAGUAGCCCAGCCUCUGAACCUUUCAGCCAAACCCAAGACAUCCGAUGGCAAGUCUCCCACAUCACCCACCUCUCCUCAUAUGCCAACUCUGAGAAUAAACAGUGGGGCCAGUUCACUAAAAUCCUCCGUGCCAGCAACAUUAGCUAGUCCUUCAGCCAGAGCUAACACAAUAGACAUCCUUUCUUCUAUCACGUCGUCAGGUUAUUUAAAUGACCACGAUGCUGUUACCAAGGCAAUCCAGGAGGCCCGACAGAUGAAGGAGCAGCUUCGGAGGGAACAACAGGUGCUGGAUGGGAAAGUGGCCGUUGUGAAUAGCCUGGGUCUCAAUAACUGCAGGACAGAAAAGGACAAAACAACACUGGAGACCCUGACUCAGCAACUGGCAGUAAAACAGAGCGAAGACGGGAAGUUUAGCCACGCAAUGAUGGAUUUCAACAUGAGUGGAGAUUCUGACGGAAGCGCGGGAGUUUCAGAGUCCAGAAUUUAUCGGGAAUCCAGAGGGCGUGGUAGCAAUGAGCCCCAUAUCAAGCGCCCAAUGAAUGCAUUCAUGGUGUGGGCUAAAGAUGAACGGAGGAAGAUCCUUCAAGCCUUCCCUGACAUGCACAACUCCAAUAUCAGCAAGAUACUAGGAUCUCGCUGGAAAGCUAUGACAAACCUAGAGAAGCAGCCAUACUAUGAGGAGCAGGCCCGGCUCAGCAAACAGCACCUGGAGAAAUACCCAGACUACAAAUAUAAGCCAAGACCGAAGCGUACCUGCCUUGUAGAUGGCAAAAAAUUACGCAUUGGCGAGUACAAGGCUAUCAUGCGCAACAGACGCCAGGAGAUGAGGCAGUAUUUUAAUGUUGGGCAACAAGCACAGAUUCCCAUUGCCACCGCGGGUGUAGUUUACCCAGGAGCCAUUGCCAUGGCAGGGAUGCCUUCCCCAAUGGCAGGAAUGCCUUCCCCACAUCUGCCCUCCGAGCACUCGAGUGUGUCCAGCAGCCCGGAGCCCGGGAUGCCCGUCAUCCAGAGCACUUACGGCAUCAAAGGCGAGGAGCCUCAUAUCAAGGAAGAGAUGCAAACCGAUGACGUCAAUGGAGAAAUCUACGAUGAAUACGAUGAGGAGGAGGAUGACCCCGAUGCGGACUAUGGCAGUGACAGUGAAAAUCACAUUGCGGGGCAAGCCAACUGAUCAGGGUCCAAAUAUCUUAUGACCUAGAGGACUUCAAGGAGAAAAGAAAAAAUAAAUAAAGCCCCAUCUGGUUUAUCCUUGCCAGUGGCCAAGCACAUUAACUUUCUCAUACACUGACUGUUACUUUAACUGUUAGUCUUAACUAGUUGGGACAUCAGCUGACUAAUAGACAUCAGCCUGCAUCAGAAUUAAAAAGGCUCAGAAGAAAGGAAACAAAGACAACGACGACAACAACAGAAUGAUAUAAGCUAUGGGUAAAAUAAUGCCAGUAAUUCAGCUGCUAUACCCAAGCACUGAAGUCUUACCCGUCGACCUUUUAUUAUUAUUAUUUUUUUUUCAAAUAAACUUUAUGGCUGUUUGUUCUACAA